AUGCCGAAACGAAAGCAAGACGCGAGUUCAGAUUAUAAAGAAAGAUGUGAGUUACUCGAGAAUACUUUUUUACAAUCCUCGAACCAUUCAAAUAUUUUCAGUGAAGAAAUCGAAUGAAGAAUUUCAAAACGUGAAAGAUGUUUGUGUUUCAAUAAUGCAUUCAAUGGGCGAUUCAGAUUUUCCACUCAAAGAGAACGAAGACUUCGUAAUCGAUGUUUUGAAAAACGAAUUAAUUGUGAUGCUCGAAGAUAUUUGCAAGUUGAAAAAAUCGAAAAAUAUCAAAACUCGCAUAAGUAUUUGUGAUUUGAUUCGUUCGAUGAAAAAUGAAUUCGGCCUUUUGUCCAGGUUUAUUAACUAUAUGACUGUAAGUUUUGUUGUUUAUCUAUUUAUCAAUUAAAAUUUUUUGCAGAAAAAAGUUGAGAUGUCUCAAUAUCUAAAAGUCAGUAAACAAAAAACCAGCGGCUCUGAAAAUAUUUUUGGGCAAGAAAUUGAAGGCGGAAGCGAUGAAGAAGCUGAGAAAGAAGAAAGUAUCAAUGAAAUUGGUGAAUUAGAAGGCGAAGAAGGUGAAUUGCUAGAAAAACGGAGAAAAAAACUAAUGACAAAAGAUGAGAGUUUGUUGGAAGAAGUUAAAGACGCUUUCAAAGAAUUGGACCUGGAUUUUGAGACUUUUGAGAAUUUUCAAUGUGAAAGAUAUGCUUCACGUCAAAAUGCAAUCCUCAAACAUAUUGAAUUGAUGUCUACUGAUUCAUACACUGCAUUUACCGAAUCUCGAAGGAUUUCAUUUCAAAAACCAGCAAAUUAUAGAAAUACAGCAUCAACAACUACAAGGUAAUCUAAAUUUAAAAUUAUUAUGAGAAAUGAAUAUUUUUUCAGAAAGAAGGCCACCUCAAUUCAAUCAUUGAUUGGAUGGAUCGGUAAUCCACCAUUGCAAAGUGAAUCCGCCGAGAUAUUUCUCGCAUUUUUUGCAAAAGAAGUAAUUGGCGAAGUUGUUGGCUCAGCGCUUAUUGAGAAAUACAGUGUGAGUAAACUUUUUAAAAGUUUUUUUCUGUCAAAAAUGUGUUCGAGAUAUUCUAAUCCCCAAAAAAAAAUUUCAGGAGCCAAUAAAAUGCGGUGCAUUCGGAAUGGUUGAUGAUUGUUUGGAAGUGAAGCACUAUGAAGAGGCGAUGAGGAAAAAUGAGAAAUUUCGAAAAUUCUCAAGAAUUUUCAUGUAA